CCCCACCACCUGGCUACUUACGUACCUACUUAUCUCCAUCAGCCCCCAAAUAUAUAUAGAUCGAUGCCCAUCAAGAUUAACUUGCAGUAAAUUGGAACACUAAUUUUCAAAUUUAAUUUCUUUUGAGUUUCUCUCUGUGUGUUAAUUAAUUUUCCUGCAUGAAUAUUGGGAAGAUUUUGCUAAGUAAGAGAAGUGUAUCAGGACAUAAUUCUUCUAAUAUAUCGAAGAAGAGGAAAAAGAAGAAGAAGAAGAUGGAACUUGAAAAGAGAAAGAGUUCAAGGGAAGAUAUGGUUCAAAAGUUGUAUGAUACUUGCAAGCAAAUAUUUGCAAAUGGUAAGGCUGGCUAUGUCCCUCCUCCUCAUGACAUCCAACGACUAAAAUCCUUAUUAGAUAGUCUUGAACCAAAAGAUUUCAAGUUUACAGCACCAAGCUUGGAAUUUUCAAGCACAAAUCCUGGAACCGUGGAAGCUCCUCUUGUUACCUACAUUAAGAUCCACGAAUGCAACAAAUUUUCGAUUGGGAUCUUCUGUUUGCCACCUUCAGGAGUAAUCCCUCUUCAUAAUCAUCCUGGCAUGACUGUGUUCUGCAAGCUUCUAGCAGGAACCAUGCACACCACGUCAUAUGAUUGGGUGCAAAAUCACAACCACCAGGCUAACCACGAUCGCGGGCAACAUGAAUCUAGGAUGAGGCUGGCAAAAGUACAUGUUGACGAUGACUUCUCUGCACCAUGCAAAUCUUCAGUUCUAUUUCCAGAAUCAGGAGGAAACAUGCACUGCUUCAAGGCAAUAACACCAUGUAUCCUACUUGAUGUUUUAGGACCACCAUACUCUGAAGCUGAAGGCCGUCAUUGCACAUAUUAUCAACAUUACUCGUAUGAUCACAUAAGUUUAUCCGAUGUUAAUAAAGAGAUGAAGGAAGAUGAGGAAAGAUCAUAUGCAUGGCUUGAAGAACGAAAAGAUGAGCAGUUUGUUGUGUUAGGAGGAACAUAUGAUGGUCCUACAAUCAAACUAUGAAUUGAAGACCAUAGCAAAUGUAUAUUAUUAGAGUAUUAUUUUUGUAUAUUAUUGUAUUGAAAUACAUAUAAUAUACAAUUUUGAUACAAAUAGUGUAUCUUUUUUAUAUAUAGUUGGCUAGGCGAAUGUAAUUAUUUUGGCCGGCCGACCAAAUAUGUAACUUUCCUUAUUUAUAACUCUUUCAAUUGAUAGCCAAAAUAUCUUGUAUUCCAAUUGGUCUGUUCAGUUAAAGGAAAAAAUGGCUGAAGUUUAAUCACA